AUGUUCUCCCGUCUUUUUCUACUCGGAUUUUUGUCCACAGCAGCCAAUCUUAUCUCAGUAAAUGCCUACACCGGUAGAGGCAAGCAUCUUCCUAGUUCUAUGCAACUUCCAUUAUCAGUGGCUUACAUACAUUCUCGUGAUUUAGCAACUUGGGACUCCCUUGGAACAACUCCUUGCCCAGUUCAAUGCCCGACCACUGAUUACCGCGUUGCUCUACCCGUCGACAUGUUCCCCAAUGGAGAGAACUGUUGCUCUACAGUACAUGUCAGCUACCAAGGGACAAACAUAGACGUGACAUUUACCGAUCUUUUCCUUGCCGGAGAGGGAUCAUUUAAUAUCAGCCUCAGUCACCAGGCAUUUGCAGAGCUGGCGCCGCUGGAGCUUGGUCAAAUUUCCCCUGUUGUGUGGAACAUCUAG